UUACGUAUAUGGCCAGUAUUAAGAUAUUAAUAACUUUACCUCACAAUUUAAAAAAGAUGCUUUGUGUUUGUGUUACAUCUGUUCAUUUUGUGGUAUUGGGUGGCCUUUUGGUUGACCCGAGUGUGCCCAUAUAAUCCCUCCUAUCCCUCAAUGAAUGAGCUUUGGCUGCAGCCAGUUUGAUGACAGUACAGGAUUUCGCCGUCAUUGUUCUGCGGUCUCUGUCUGUAAUAUAUUUUGUGCCAAAGCUUGAAGCAGAACCUCAAUCGGGACAGUCUUAAGGUGUAAUUUGGAUGCUACCAUCUAUAAUGGAAAACACCACUGAUGACUACAAGAUCCAGUCAUUUGACCUGGACACACAGAUGUUGCUGAAAACAGCCUUGAAAGAUCCAAGUUCAGUGAACCUGGAGAAGGUCUCAGAUAUCAUCAUGGAUCAGUCGUUAAAGGACCAGGUGUUCAGCAAAGAAGCUGGACGCAUCUGCUACACCAUUGUGCAGGCUGAGGCCAAGCAGAAUAACGGAAAUGUGUUCAGGAGAAAUUUGCUCAACCGGCUCCAGCAGGAGUUCAAGAACCGCGAGGACACAAGGAGACGCUCGUUGCAGGAGUGGGUGUGCUACGUUACGUUCAUCUGUAACAUCUUCGACUACCUCAAAGUGAACAACAUGCCGAUGGUGGCUCUGGUGCAUCCUGUGUAUGACUGUCUGAUCCGGCUGGCCCAACCAGAUGCUCUAAUGAAUGAGGACGAGGUGGACUGUUUGGUGGUGCAGUUGCAUCGCAUCGGAGAGCAGCUGGAGACGGUGAACAGCCCACGGAUGGACGAGCUGUUCUUUCUGCUGCGGGACGGCUUCCUGCUACAGGAGGGCCUUACCUCCAUGGCCCGUCUGCUGCUGCUGGAGAUCCUGGAGUUCAGGGCUGGAGGCUGGGUGCUCAGCAGCACCGCCCACAAGUACUACUACAGUGAAAUAGCUGAUUAGGAUUGUUGCAAGGACAUUGGCGCUGGGCAGCUGUGUUUGCAGGUGUGUUACCCAACCUUCAAGCACCUAAGACACGUCUCCUUAGGCUCCCCUGAUUAUGAAAAACCAGCAAAUUCACGAAGGACAAUCCUGCAGGUUUUGAGAAGAUGUCCGUUCUUAAACUGUAAAAAGACCUUUUGAUUUUGUUGGGUUGUUCCAUGCGUUUGAUAAUAUAACUGAGACAUGGUGCAGUGGAUGUGGAAUGUGCAAUAGUUCACAAGGUGUUGAAGUUAAGUUAACAAGGUUUAGCCACAUUCAGGUACACUUUGUUUGUUGAAGUUUGAUAACAGCUGAAAGAGGCUUAAGAUUUCUUUUUGCACGCAUUCCUUUUUUGAGAAAACAUUUUAUAGUUCAACUUAUUUUUUUACCAAAUCCAAAAGGACUUGGAACAGUCAUUCCAGUCAGAUGCAAGCUGAUUUGGUCCUUGCUUUACUUUUUAUUGUUGUGUGACCAACUUAAAUUAAAAUACUAUUUUAAUUAUUUAAUUUUUUUAGUGUAGAAUUUACAUUUUUACAAAAGGUUUGAAAUGCAGUUCAGAGGAACUUUUUCUAUUUGUCCAGUAGGAUUCCUGAGUUACUGUUACAUGUUACGUGAGGCCAUUUUGUCAGUGUUGUCAUAAUUCAGGGACUUUUUAUUUUUUUAAAGUUUUUUUGGCUCACCUUAUAAAUAAAAGGCCAAGAGAUUCGAAACAGUAAUUAAACAAUGUUUCCACGGAUAUUCAAUGCAUUUCUGCAAUGACAAGUUUAAUUCGUUGAACAACUCGUGCCAAAUUUAUAACAAAAACAGCAUCAUCUAAAAUUUCUUAACAACGCCUGAGCUCUUCUCUUGUUUGUAGUUGAGGUGCUGGAGGACAAUGAUGGAAAAAGUACUAAUACCACAAAAGUAGCAAUGCCACAGUAACCAAAAGU